CUCGCGGGCGGUGGCGCACACUCAUUGGCUCCUUUCCCAGCUCAGUUGUUGAUUUCAUGCGCCGCUCGGUGAGACCCCGCCGCUCCGCGAGACCCCGCGCCCGUUUGUCGCCACCGCGCUUGCAGCGACCGGAGACAGUUUGAGCGCCGAGCCCGAGAUGAAAGCGCUGGCCUCCCGAGCCGUCCGGACCCGCGAAUGCUCCUGGCAGCCCCAGCCGGCGCUUUUGCCCCCGAGGUGACGCGCAGCCCGCACCCGCCUAGACAGAUGGCGCCAGGCCAAGUGCCCCAGCCCCUCCCCUGGAGGGAUGUGCACCCCUUCUUCCUCCUGUCCCCGCUGAUGGGCCUUCUCAGCAGGGCCUGGAGCCGGCUGAGGGGCCCAGGACCUCUAAAGCCCUGGCUGGAGGACGCAGUAACGAGUGCAGAUGAGGGAGAAGCUUGCCUGGAGGAAGUGACUAAGGCUGCUUUGGCAACCCGCUGUGCCCCAUGGGGUGGGCACCCUCCGCGGGAGCCUGGAGACCGUGGAAGAGCUGUGGAGGAUGGCGGGUCGUCCUGCCCUGACCGAGAGGCCAACAGUUCUCUUCCUGAAGCCUGGGGACUUUCAGAGGAUGAUGAAGAAUAUGGUGGGGAAGAAGCAACCAGCAGCCCUAAAGAGCAAGGAAGUGACUAUAUCGGUGGCCAGCCUGCUCCCAUGGCCCUCAGCCUUCUGAGAACCCUGCAAGGCCCUCCUGCGGAAGAGGAAACUGAGGAAGGAGGAGCUGCUGAAGAUAAAGUGAUGACAUUCUUCCCUUUCCCGCCAUCACACGGGGAGCACUGUCCAGGGAGGGAGGAGGAGGAGGAUGGAGAAGCUGUAAACAAAGUUCCCACAACAUCUACUUCCCCCUCAUCCCCAGGAUCCAAGCCCAGUGCUUGGGUGUGUGCUGCAGGGGAAGAAGAGGCUGGAGCUAACGAGGAAGAAAGAGCAGAGAGUGAAGACACCGGGAAGACCUCCAUUACCCCUUCAUCUGCAGGCUCCCGCCCCAGCGCCUGGGAGUGUAAUUCAGGGGAGGAAUCUGAGGGAAAGGAUGGAAAGGCUGAGAAAGAAGCCGACCCAGAGCCACACUCCUCAGUUCUAAGCCACAGGCCCCUGCUCAGGACCUGGCAGCAUCAACCCAAGAAGAUCACAGAGGAAGAUGAGGAGGAGGAGGAGGACAACGCUUCAGGGGAAGCUGAGGGUACGUCAGCCAUCCCCACCACAAGUACCUUCUUGAGGGCCUGGGUGUACCGGCCAGAAGAAGACACAGAGGAGGAGUAUGAGGAGAAUGAGGAUGAGAAAGAUGAUUCAGAGACUGCUGGCUCGGACCCAAGUUCUUCCCUUCAGGGCCAGAGUGCCCUCCUCAGGGACUGGACAUACCCACCUGGAGAGGAGACAGAGGGAGUGGAGGCUGCUGAAUGGGGAGAAGCUGAACCCUUCCGAGUGGCCAUCUACCUACCAGGAGAGAAGCCACCACCUCCCUGGCCUCUUCCUCGGCUGCCCCUCCACCUGCAAAGGCGGCUCAAGUCUGCAGGAACCCCCACCCAGCAUCCGGACCCCGAGACUCCCCAAAAGGCCAGAAAGGUGCACUUCUCUGAGAAGGUCUCCAUCCAUUUCCUGAUUGUCUGGGCAGGACCAGCCCAGGCUGCCCGAAGGGGCCCCUGGGAGCAGUUUGCCCGGGAUCGAAGCCGCUUUGCCCGCCGAAUUGCCCAGGCUGAGGAGAAACUGGGCCCCUGCCUCACCCCUGCAGCUCGGGCCAGGGCCUGAGCACGCCUCAGGAACCUUCCCUCUUCUCUGGCUGCCAUACCCGCCACGACCCAGACCUUUACCUGCCAC